AGGACUUUAAUUUUGGGGUUCACCUUCUCACAUCCCUGCCUGCCCAGAGAGGACUGUAUAGAGAACAAGAGGACUUCUUGCAGGCCUCCUGGCAGAAUUUCAAGGCGAACACGGGGCUGACUCCGGGGCCAUGAUGUUGCCUGAUCCUUCUGCCUGGAGAGAGCAGGACUGGGAGGAGAUGUUGCCUUUGGAGAACAGGGAAGUUGCGGAAACUGUGAAGACACCGACUCAGAAUCACAAGGCAAAAGGUUUGCCUUCUCACAAGACUGACUGGCUUCAAGAAAAGGAGGGAAAAGUCCAAAAUACUGCAGAACCAAAGCCAGAGAUCUACCCCUGUUCUUCCUGCCUUCUGGCCUUUUUCUGUCAGCGGUUCCUCAGCUAACACACGCUGCAGAUCUUCCCGGGUGUGUGUGUAGAAAAUCACUUCCACCUGGGGGAUUCUGGCCUGGGGCAUCGGGGGCAGCAGUAUUCUGCUCACAGCUGCUGGAGUGAAAACACAGAAGGCCAAGAGAAAGAAGGUGACUCCAGACUCUGGUGCUCGAGGACAGAGGAGAGACCGCCCUUACGUGCAUUGCCCAGCCCACCCUGAGAACAGUCAGCAAGUCCUGGAGAAGGCAGCGCAGUGGUAGAAAUAGAGCCCAGCGCAGCCCAAAGGGUAAACCCUUUGCAAGCAGACAAAGAAAUGAAGGAAUUAGAAACCUCAAGCUCUGGAGCAGUCAACUGUCAAGAACGUGAACUAGACUGUAGCCCCAAAUCAAACUGCAUUACAAACCAGACCAUCCUCUUAGGGGAGAAGCCCUAUGUCUGCAGGGAGUGUGGGCGAGGCUUUAAAGAUAAGUCGAACCUCAUCAGACACCAUUGGACACACUCAAUGGAGAAGGCUUAUGUGUAUAGUGAGUGUGGCCGAAGUUUCAGCCAGGUGUCAACCCUUGUUAAUUACCGGAGGACACACACAGUGAAGAAGCCUUACAUGUGCAAGGAGUGUGGGCGGGGCUUUAGCCAGAAAUCACUCCUCCUUGUGCACCAGAGGACACACUCAGGGGAGAAGUAUUAUGUUUGCAGGGAGUGUGGGUGAGGCUUUAGCAACAAGUCAAGUCUCAUAAGACACCAGAGGACACACUGAGAGGAGAAGUCUUGUGUAUGCAGGGGUCCUGGGCAGGACUUUAGCAAUUAGUCGAACCUCUUCUUACGCCAGAGAGACAUGCGGGGAGUAGUCUGUAUGUGUGUGUGGGGUGUGAGUGAAACUUCAGAGAUGUGUUGACCCUCAUCAGGCAGUGAGGCACAUUCAGGGCAAGAGCCUUAUGCGUGCAGAGUGUGGGUAGCUGUCAACCCUCAGUGCUCAAAGAGGACGCACUUAGGUGGGAAGUAUUGUGUGUGUAGGGACUGUGGGGAAGCUUUAGCAAUAAGUCAGCAUUUAUGGAACAUCCAGUGGCCGACUCAGGAGAAGCGUCAUGUGUUCAGGGAGUGCUGACAGGCAUUGGGAAAAGAACCGACAGGAGGGCUCCAGAUGGCUCACUCAGGGAGGAGCUGUGUGUUUGCAGGGAGUGUGGGCAAGGCUCUUGUGAUCAGUCAGCUUUCUUCACACACUGUAGGGAGAAUCCUUAUGUGGGGAUACUGUGGGGCUGCUCCAGCCAACUGCUGCUGAUAGCUGCAGAGAUGAAUUCCUCACUAGACUUGCUCUCAGCCACAGGGAGCUGCACUUCCCAAGGGAUGCCUCCUGGCCAACGACUGAUUGAUACGGGGAGACAAAACCCUAGCCGGACUCUGCUGGGACAACUCCACAGGGUCAUCCCAGAUCCCAGGGUCCCCAUGAAACUGAAUGAUCUCAAACACAUUGCAGGUCAGCUUCUUCCUCUGCCCAGUCCUGUCCUCAUUCCCCGAUAAGCCACUCAAUUCUCUGCCUCAUUGUCUCUCCAGGGAAUCCACCCUAAGAUAGCAUAAGCACACAAGGAGUGUGGACGAGGCUUUGGCUAAAAGUCGCUCCUCAACAAACCCCAGAGUACACAGAAUAGAAGCUCUGUGUGUGCGGGGAGAAUGGGUAAGGACACCUCAGGAUGCAUCAGAGAACAGCUUUUGAGGGAGAAGCUUUACAAGGCAGGGAGGGAGACUGGGAAGAUUUAGCAGUAAGUUACACCUGGUGCAGCCGAGGACACUCAGGGAGUCCUAUGUGGGUGGGGUUGUGGGCGGAGCCUUAUUCUGACACCCCUCCUCACAGAUCACUACCUCACUCACCUCCUGGGGGGGUUUCAGAAGUCUUGACCCCCACCCGUCCCCAUACUCUUUUUGAGAGUGAAGAUGGCAGUAACAAUAAACAUGUUUUUUCCACUCUUUGUAAUCAGAUGGAAUAAAAAAGUAGAAGGCUUUAUUUAAGUAAGAAUAAUCAAUUUGUUUUACUUUCAAACACCAAUUUUUUCCCAUGUUUUCAUGUCUUUCUGUUCUCAUAAAUUGUUCAAUAAGCUCAGGCUAUGUACUUUAGUCACUCAUCUGUCUGGAAAGGAAUUAAAUUUCACAACCUGGAUUUCUGCAUGAAUUCAACCCUUGAGAAAAAAUAAGUCCCAAUCAACCUAGUAGAUUUAUUGGAGGAUCUGAUUCGUUGCAUGGGGAGGAAGAUGUAGGUUCUGGAGACAUGCCCACUGAAGCAAGGGAAUUUCCCGGGUCUCUGGGGGCUGGGUUGCCUCUUCUGACUGAUCACUCCCUUUGGCUUCUGUGAAAGCUCCCUUCCCUGACUUCUUUCUCUUCCUUCUAGUCUCUAUUCAGGUCUCUGCUAUAUCCUUCUCUACCACUGAAGCAUUGUUUUUCCUUCCAGAUUCCAGAGUCAGGUCCUUUAACCACGCCCAAACUGUUUUCCAGUCAUGAAUCAUCGUUUUGGGUCUCUUACCUACUUGGUAUCAAGUAGGUAAGAUCAGAUCAUAAGUCUAAAGACCCCUGGGGAAUUCCCUGGUGGUCCAGUGGUUAGGACUCUGUGUUUUCACUGCUGAGGGCUGGGGUUCAAUUCCUGGGCCCUAAUCCUGCAAGCCACGUGGGGCAGCCAAAAAAAAACAAAAAAACCCCUAAACACAGCUCCAAUGCCACGUCCCCUCAUCCCUCCAAUCCUAGGGUCUAGUCCUGCUAAUGACACCCACAUCAUCCCUCCACUAACUGGUCCAAGAUAACCUGGUCAUACCCCUGCCCUUGUUUUUCAGCCCAAGGACCUGGCCUUUAAUCACACCCUUUCCUAGUCUUCCUCCCUCAGAGCCCAAAUUGCCCAGAUUUUUGACAACUCUGCAUGCCCUGGCUCUGACUUCUAUGUCCUAAGCCAGAACUCUUUACUGGAGAGGGUUGGCCUCAGCUCUAGCAAAUUUGUUUGUUCAGUUGGAGUUUGCCAGAUCCACAAAAUGGAUAUCAGGCUUUGAAAAUCAGAAAAAGCACAGGCUGAUUUUGUUGCACUAUCAAAGAGGGGGGCAGUAAAAGAGAGUCCAAAGGCCAUGAAGUCAGCUUUCCAGUGGGUCCUGAGUCAGCUCUGGUUGAGAGGAUGUGAGUGCCAGGAGCGUGGGUCCCCACCCUUUGCCACAUUUCCCGUCAUGUUUCUUUGCUGGAACUGCCCCUAUAACAUCAACAAUUUGCUUUGGGUCAGAACUGGAAGCCACAGAAGGAAAAGUGUUUAUGGGUAUGCAGUCUCUAGGGUCUGAAGAGGGAUAGGCCCUCUAUGUUCCAGAUGACCCCAAGACCCCUCCCUGUGUCCUGCCAUUGGGAGAGAAACAUGUGAACAAACCAGCACCUUCCUUUGGGAAGGAAAGGUGGGAGGAAAGAAAAUGAUGCAGAUUCUUUUUAACUGAAGUCCCUUAUAACCUGUAGUGACCUCAGACGUGUUCCAGGGAAAGGACUGUCAGUCCUAGCCCAGCAAAGGGAGAGGGGUAUGGGGUUAUCUUUCCAAGCCUGGAAAGGGGCUUCCCCAGAC